CGGAAGGUGGCGCUGCUGAGCGGCAACUUCACUGCCACCGGAUCCCGGUGUUAGUGAGGAAACAUUAAACUGAAAGUAGUGUACCUCUCAGUCUGUGGAAAACUACGCUAACUUAGACCUUUCCAUCUAAGGACCGGUUCAGUGACGGGAAAAUAUGUCUCGUAGAUAUGAUUCCAGAACAACCAUAUUUUCUCCUGAAGGACGCCUGUAUCAGGUGGAGUAUGCAAUGGAGGCGAUCGGUCACGCUGGAACAUGUCUGGGGAUUCUAGCAAAUGAUGGAGUGCUGUUAGCAGCUGAGCGACGCAACAUCCACAAACUGCUUGACGAGGUUUUCUUCUCUGAGAAGAUCUACAAGCUCAAUGACGACUUGGCCUGCAGCGUUGCUGGGAUCACAUCAGAUGCUAAUGUACUGACAAAUGAGCUGCGGCUAAUUGCACAGAGGUAUUUAUUGCAGUACCAGGAGCCGAUACCCUGCGAGCAGUUGGUGACAGCCCUGUGUGACAUCAAACAGGCAUACACACAGUUUGGAGGUAAGAGGCCGUUUGGUGUUUCUCUGCUCUACAUGGGCUGGGACAAACAUUACGGCUUCCAGUUGUACCAGAGUGACCCCAGCGGCAACUAUGGAGGCUGGAAAGCAACCUGCAUUGGCAACAACAGCGCUGCUGCAGUGUCCAUGUUGAAGCAGGACUUCAAAGAGGGUGAGAUGAGUCUGUCCUCCGCUCUGGCUUUGGCUGUCAAAGUCCUCAACAAAACAAUGGAUGUCAGCAAGCUCUCAGCAGAGAAAGUGGAAAUUGCAACCCUGACACGGGAAGAUGGGAAAACAAAAAUCAAGGUGCUGAAACAGAAAGAAGUCGAGGAACUUAUCAAGCGACACGAGGCAGAGGAGGCCAAGACUGAAAAAGACAAGAAGGAUAAGGAGCAGAGGGAGAAGGACAAAUAAGCACAAUAUUUUUUUUUCCCUCCUGUCACCAAAUCCUGUAUUGUUUUGUCUUUUACAUUAAAAGUUUGCAAACUGA